AUGAGCGAGCCGGCCACCGUGAUCCACAUGGACGACGGCAAGGUCCCCCCAGCCACCGCGUCGUCGUCCUACGCCACCGCUCCGGCGACGACUACAGGUGAUGCGACGGCAGCAGGCAGCAAGGCCGCCGGCGGUGGACGUCGUGGCCUGCCGCUCCUCCUGCGGUCCGGCGCCGGCGGGUUCCGUCGCUGCCUGGCCGUGAUCGACUUCCUGCUGCGGGUGGCCGCCUUCGGCGCGACGCUGGCGGCCGCCAUCUCGACGGGCACCGCCGACGAGCGGCUGUCCGUGUUCACCAACUUCUUCCAGUUCCACGCGAGGUUCGACGACUUCACGGCCUUCACCUUCCUCGCGGUGGGCAACGCCAUCGCGGCGGGGUACCUGGUGCUGUCCCUGCCCUUCUCCGGCGUGGGCAUCGUCCACCCCGGGGCCACCGGCGUGAGGCUCUUCCUGCUCCUGUGCGACGUGGUGGUGAUGUGCCUGCUCACGGCCGCCGGCGCCGCCGCGGCCGCCGUCGUGUACGUGGCGCACUGGGGCAGCCGGCGCGCCAACUGGGUGCCCAUCUGCAUGCAGUUCCACGGCUUCUGCCAGCGCACCAGCGGCGCCGUCGUCGCCACCUUCCUGGGCGUCCUCGCCGUGGCCGUGCUCAUCCUCAUGGGCGCCUGCGCCAUCCGACGACGCAGCAGGCGAUAAGCUCCUAAGCUAGCUGCCUGCUGCUGGAGUGGAUCGAUUAUAUUCAUUCCAGUUUUCCAUUCCAUGUAUCCAUCUAUCAGUGUCUGGGCUUUACUUUAUUUCCAACAAAGUGUGUGUGUGUUUUGUGAUUGGUUACAUGUUACUAUUCUGCUGCUUGUAUUAUCACAAUCUUGAGUACAGUACAGUAUAAUCAAUGUA